AUGACCAUCAACACACCAAGAGGAGGAGAGCAGCGCGCGCACAUGGCCUGUUUCACCAAGAUGGAGAGGAUGAUUGUGUCCAUGCAGGAUCCAGACAUGGGAAUGAAGAUGAGAAACCAGAGACUGCUCAUUACAGUCAUACCUCAUGCCAUGACCGGAAGUGAUGUUGUUGAAUGGCUGAUAAAGAAAUAUAACAUCACUGAAGAAGAGGCAUUACAUAUUGGAAACCUCUUGGUGAAGUAUGGCUACAUAUACCCAUUAAAGGAGCCUCGGAACCUGUGCUUGAGGCAAGAUGAGUCACCUUAUCGCUUUCAGACUCCAUAUUACUGGACAUCGAGUCGCUGGCCUGCCAAAGAGCUGGAUUACGCUAUUUAUUUGGCCAAGAAGAACAUUCGCAAGCAAGGAGAACUGAUAGAGUAUGAAAAGGAGUGUUAUAACGCUUUGCAUAAGAGAAUCAAUCACACCUGGGAUUUUGUGGUGAUGCAGGCAAGAGAGCAGCUCAGGACAUCGAAACACCGUCGGAAAUCUGAUCGCAUCGUGCUGGAGUGUCAGGAGCAAGCGUACUGGCUGGUGAACAGACCUCCUCCAGGUGCUAUGGAUAUUUUGGAGUUUGGUCCUGAGAGACGGAACAUCAUAAACACACGAGUACAACUGAACAGUGAAUUCUACAAGAGAGAGAUUGAGCAAAUCAGGAAAAACUUGGGAAGCAGGAACCGGAUUAAAUCCUCUGUUUGUCUGGAAAGUUUUGUUAAGUACAGUGCCCAGUACCUGGACCAUGACCCCAUAAUGCAAGGUUGCCUUCCCAGCAACCCCUGGAUCACAGAUGACACCAUGUUGUGGAAUAUCAACUCCGACAUGGUUGCCAUGCCGACUAAGCUCCGUGUGGAGCGAUGGGGCUUUAGCUUCCUGGAGUUGCUGAACGACCCAAUGGGCAGAAAAGAAUUUCUCACUUACCUGGAGAAAGAGUUCAGUGCGGAGAACCUGUAUUUCUGGCAGGAGUGUCAGGAAAUGCGGCAUGGAGAAACUUCCAAAAUCCCAGAGAAAAUGGAUGAGAUUUACAAGCAGUACCUUGCUCCCGGAGCUGCAAACUCAAUCAACAUUGACGGUAAGACAAUGGCCAUCACUCUGGACGGAAUGAAGAACCCAAAUCACUUCAUCUUUGAUGGAGCACAGAUGCACAUCUAUGUCCUCAUGAAGAAGGACUCGUACACUCGCUACCUAAAGUCUGAACAGUACAAGAGCUUGGUAACAAAAGCUGUGGUACCACAGGAAACAAAGAAGAGUGUGUUCCCGUGUAUGCGUCGUCAGCGAAAUUCAAGCUAUGCACCUGCUCUGGUACAAACAGGAGACGACAGUGGAAAGACCAAUCCUGGAACUGCUUCACAGAUUUAAUCUCUCUCUCUCUCUCUCUCUCACCCACUCACACACACAGAGGCUGAAUUUAUUCAAUAUUUACCUCCAUGUAGGUUCCUGAAAUAUAAAAUACUGCUUAUUUAAUCAUAUAUCUAAUUACUUCUGACUCUGAUCUAGCAAUACUUAAUAAUAUGCAUUAAAUCACAUGACACUGUUAUUCUGACCUUAUCUCAGUUUAUUUGUUUGAUUUCACAUUGAUUCAUAAACU